UCUACAACUUGCUCUUUUCUAUUGAAACCUUAAGCCCCCUCUGUUAGACUCACAGGCUCUCAUAUUACAGCUCCAUCCCCCCUUCGUAUGUGAGUAGAAUCCCUACAACUAACAUAGCUAAGGCAGUAUUCACAUCUGUGGAUUGUGGGAAACAUGGCUAAAAUCUCUGCUGGAUAUACGCUUUUGCUGCUAUUGCCUUGUCUAACAAACAUAUAUGUUAUUGCUGAAGAGUUAAAUAUAGAAGAAGCAAUUCUCCCUGAAUCUUCCCUGCAAAAGCCCAGGGUCCUGAUUGCCAUCAUCGCUAGGAAUGCUGCACACACGUUGCCUUAUUUUAUGGACUGCAUUGAUAAACUGGAUUAUCCCAAGAGCAGACUCGCUAUUUGGGCAGCAACCGAUCACAACAUUGAUAACACCACAGCUAUAUUACGAGAAUGGUUAAAGAGUGUGCAGAAGUUGUAUCAUUAUGUUGAAUGGAGGCCUAUGGCAGAACCUCAAUCAUACCCUGAUGAACUUGGACCAAAACACUGGCCAGCAACCAGAUUUGCCCAUGUAAUGAAACUACGCCAAGCCGCAAUGCGUACUGCCAGAGAAAAGUGGUCUGAUUAUAUCUUGUAUAUAGAUGCCGACAACUUUCUAACCAAUCCCCAGACUUUAAAUCUGAUGAUGAGAGAAAACAAGACUGUUGUUUCCCCAAUGCUUGAAUCUCGAACACUCUACUCUAAUUUUUGGUGUGGAAUCACACCUCAGGGUUACUAUAAAAGAACUCCAGACUAUGUUCUCAUAAGAGAGUGGAAGAGAUUGGGCUGUUUCCCUGUUCCAAUGGUUCAUUCGACUGUGCUCAUUGACCUCAGGAAAGAGGCAUCCAAAAAGCUACAGUUUUAUCCUCCGCAUGAAGAUUACACCUGGGCAUUUGACGACAUUAUUGUCUUUGCAUUUUCUAGCAGACAAGCAGGAAUUCAAAUGUAUAUCUGUAACAGAGAGCACUAUGGGUAUCUUGCUGUUCCAAUGAAACCUCAUCAAACCCUGCAGGAUGACAUAGAUAACUUUGUUCAUGUGCAGACAGAAGUAAUGAUUGAUCGCCCCCCUCUGGAACCAUCUCGUUAUGUCCACGUGCCACCCAAACACCCAGAUAACAUGGGAUUUGAUGAGAUUUUUAUGAUCAACUUGAAGCGACGACAAGAUCGUAGAGUGCGUAUGCUUCGUAGUCUGUAUGAGCAGGAAAUCCAAGUGAAGAUUUUCGAUGCUGUUGAUGGAAAGGCACUGAAUGCAAGCCAGCUGAAGGCACUGAAAAUAGAGAUGAUACCUGGAUAUCACGACCCCUACUCUGGUAGAACACUGACACGGGGUGAAAUUGGCUGUUUCCUUAGCCAUUACUAUAUAUGGAAAGAGGUAGUUGACAGGGGCCUUGAAAAAUCACUUGUCAUUGAGGAUGAUGUUCGUUUUGAGCCUUUAUUUAAACACAAGCUUAUGAAGUUAAUGAAUGACAUUGAAGAGGUGGAACUAGAGUGGGACUUAAUCUACAUUGGUAGAAAGCGAAUGCAAGUUGAGCGUCCGGAAAAGGCAGUUCCAGAUGUAAUGAAUCUGGUCGAGGCUGACUACUCCUACUGGACCCUGGGGUAUGCCUUAUCCAGGCAAGGAGCAGAGAAGCUUAUUGCAGCGGAGCCAUUUAAUAAGAUGUUACCAGUGGAUGAGUUCCUUCCUGUUAUGUAUAACAAACACCCAGUAAAGAAAUAUUUUGAGUAUUAUGAACAUCGAAAUUUGAAGGCUUUCUCCGCUGAGCCCCUGCUCGUCUACCCGACACACUACACCGGCCAACCAGGGUAUUUUAGCGAUACAGAAACUUCCACCAUCUGGGACAAUGAAACAUUAGUGACUGAUUGGGAUCGAAGGUACUCUUUGAAAUCUAGAGAGCAGGGUCAGAUACACAGUGACGCUCAGAACAAGGACGCCUUACCACCUCAGCCAAAACUUGAAACGUCAUCCCGGGACGAACUAUAAUUAUUUAAAAACAUGUGCAGGGCACAUCAUUUUUGUAUAGAUGCUUUAUUUUUUACUGUGAAUUUUUUUAGUGUAAGGAAUUAAAGAUAUUUUUUAUUUAAAGAGUCACAAUUAAAUCGAGUGACAUAAUUUUAUUUAGUUGUGUUAAAUUGUCUAUUUUGUGAUGAAUUAACAAAAAUGGUUCUAAUGGAAAGCUGGAAUUCCUUAGUGGGUUCUAUAUGGUCUUCCAUAACUUAACUAUUGUUUUAAUGGCACCAACAAGUUUCACUGUGUUUUGUAGAGGCAGUCUAAUUUCCCACUCACCAAAGUUUAUACAAUCACAAUGGGGUGUGCUAUGAUACUUGAGUACCCAGAGCAAACCCAGCCUAACAUUGGAUAAAAUACAAACUCCAUACAAAUAGUACUAUGGUGAGAGUUAAGGAUUCUAAUACUCUGCUGUAGCAAUUCAUAACACUGUACCACUAGUUUAUGGGUCCUUUAUGCCUAAAUGCACCAGGAUAUCAACUUUUACCAUGAACUGACAUUUUAAAAUAUUAUGGAACAUACAAUGAGCCUUUACAAUGGCCUUAUGCUUAUAAAAAGCAUGGUAUGGUCUUGGAGAUUUCUUUUAUAUUAAAAGCUUUGGUGGGGUCAGGAUUAGGGUUAGGAUUAGCCCAUAAAACCAAUAUAUAGGUUGGAAUAUGCUAUUGCAGAUAAUACUACCAGGCAAGGAGAUACCAUUCUAUGAAAAAUAUGUUUUACCAAGCCUUCUGCUGCUAUCAGCAAUAAUGUUAUAGGGGUUUAUGUUCUAUGCUUAGCCCUAGCAGAGGGAAUAAUGCUGAUCAAGAGAGACACAAAAUAACUUACAGUAUAGCACACAAUUUUCUCUUGAAAAUGCAUGCUUGCUGUAAAACAUUGCUUCAAUCAAUAUGUCCUUCUAAUGGAAUUGGAAAAUGGUACAAUAGCAUCGUUGGUAAAGGCAAGAAUACCCCAUUGAGGGGCUUGAUUGUAUUAACAGCCAAGUGAUCCAUAGUUAUCCAUUGUGUACACUCAGAAAUGCUGACAUUGGUGAAACUAGAGGGGAUGCUCCCUCCUUUGCAAACUGUGAGAAAGAUGUUUUGUUUUCUUCAUGUCCAAAUUAUACAUAAUUUAUAAUCCCCAUCAGAAUUUUACAUAAAUCCUGCGCUUGUAAGGAAAAGGUGGGGAGAUCACUUUACGGUACCUUUGUGUGGCCUUGAAAGAAUAUUGUUGAGUUUAUAGAGGCAUGUAAAAUAGUUAUAUAUAGAUUUUGUAACUGUAAACGUUGCUGCAUCUCAUUUCUACCCUUAUGAUUUAUUCAUUUUCCAUUUGUUGUAAAAGUAUAAUGUUUGCAAAGACCAAAACCUACUGUUCAGGUAAAUAAUAAACUGGAAAGAAGUUGUUAAUCAAUGAGUAUGAUGUGUUUAUAUGAUUAAGAUUAGACUGUAUUCUCAGGAGGCAGGAACUGAUGGGAAUGAUAACCAGUCUUUGUAAAGCACAGUGCAGCAUGUCAGCGCUAUGUAAAUAAAGCAUGAUAAAUUAA